GAUGCAGAGGAGAGACACGCGGUGAUGCGGAGACACAUGGCAGCCUGCACCGCCUGCAUGCUCUGACUGCGGCUUCCCCCUCCAUUCCCCGGGACACCGGAGAGGCUGGGGUGCAGAGAGACGCUGCUGGGAGGCUGCAGCAACCACCGAGCAGGAUCACAGGACAAACCAGCUCUGCUGACCACAGAGCCUGCUGUACCGUGUGCCUGAGGCUUUUUGUCCCCGCCGAGCCGCCGUCGCCAUGGGAGAUAACGUGUCCAAGCGUCUGAAGCUGAUCUCAGCCACAGAGGCGGAGAUGGAGGAGCGCUCGUUUACUAACCCGUACCCGGACUGGGACCAGGGGGGCCUCUCCUCCAGCUCCGGGGCGGAGAAAGAUUACAACGAGCCUUUCGACGAGGAAGGGAAGGUGAGCUCAUCCUUCCACAACAAGCUACAGAAUAAGAUCAAAGAUCUCCUCCAGCAGAUGGAGGAGGGCCUGAAGACGGCCGACCCUCAUGACUUCUCCACCUACACCGGCUGGACAGGCAUUGCCUUGUUGUACCUGCAGCUGCACCGUGUGUCCCAGGAGGCCUCACACCUGCAGAGGGCUCUGGACUACGUGAAGAGGACCAUGAGAAUCCUGAACGGCCGCAAAGUGACCUUCCUGUGUGGCGACGCAGGGCCGCUGGCGGUGGGCGCCGUGGUUCACCACAAGCUGAACAACACUGCUGACAGCCAGGACUGUUUGUCCAGGCUCCUCCAGCUGCAGCGGGCGGUGCUCAGUCCGGACUCGGAGAUGUCCGAUGAGCUGCUGUACGGCCGGGCCGGCUACCUUUACGCUCUGCUCUACGUUAACAAAGAGAUGGGUGCUGACACGGUGGACGAGAGCACCAUUACAAAGGUGGUGACGGCCAUCGUGGAUUCGGGGAAGAGCAUGUCAGCGGAGCAGAAGAAGACAGAGCGCUGCCCUCUGCUCUAUGAAUGGCACCAUAAGCAGUACAUCGGUGCAGCACACGGUCUGGCAGGAAUCUUUUACAUGCUCAUGCAGCCCGGAGCAAAGGUCCAUCCAGACGUUCUGUCAGAGUCGAUCCGUCCCAGCAUCGACUACGUCCGCCGCAAGAAGUUCCGCUCGGGGAACUUCCCGUCCUCGCUGAGUAACGAGAGCGACCGGCUGGUUCACUGGUGCCACGGAGCUCCUGGAGUCAUACACAUGCUCAUCAUGGCUUAUAAGGUGUUUAAAGAGGAGAAGUACCUGAAGGAGGCUGCAGACUGUGCCGAGGUGAUCUGGCAGCGCGGCCUGCUCAGGAAAGGUUACGGUAUCUGCCACGGCACCGCCGGCAACGGAUACGCCUUCCUGUCCCUUUACAAGCUCACGCAGGAGAAGAAACACCUGUACCGCGCCUGCAAGUUUGCCGAGUGGUGUUUGGCCUACGGGACUCACGGCUGUCGCAUCCCAGACAGACCCUACUCUCUGUUUGAAGGUAUGGCCGGGGCCGUGUUCUACCUGUCCGAGGUGGCACAGCCUGAAGCCUCCUGCUUCCCCGCCUUUGAACUUUGACCUGCCAGCUAAUGGACGAGGAUGAUGAAGAGUCUUUUUUUGAAAGCUGGACAAGUAAAGGAAGUGUUUGUGACACAGCGUCGCCCUGUAGUCAUGAGUGAGUAGAGACAGAGAUAGAUACACUGACGGAGCAGAAGAUAUUGAUCCAGUGAGAAGUAAUGUCGAUGAACAUUUCUCUUCUUGAAGAUGGAACUGAACUCCCCUGUGUGUGUGUGUGUGUGUGUGUGUGUGUGUGUGUGUGUGUGUGUGUGUGUGUGUGUGUGUGUGUGUGUGUGAGAUGAUUUCUUGUCUCGGUUUCACUUCUGCAGGUAUUUGUCUCUCAAACCUUUAAUUAGUAUUUCAGAUCUUCAUCUAUCAGCUGUGACGUUGAACUUAUCACAUAUAAUAAGUUUUCCAUGGCAGCGCUGCGUUUACAUCUGAGGAAGAGCUUCUUAUUGUGAAGUGUACAAGUGUUGAGUCUAAAGCUUUUGGUUCUGUAUCAAUAAUUUGUAAUUCCAGCCAAAUGUUACAACAUGGACUUCGUUCUGUUCAGUCGUCGUUCUCUCUGAAAGUAGCCUUGCUUGCUAACGUUAGCACUGAUUCCCAGUUAGCUUGGUUCAGUAGCUGCUGUUUCAGAUGAUGGUGAUGUUUCACAAAGUGUCACAUGAAGUGUUUGAAUUGAUAUAAAAGUAAAAGAGUGCUGAACAUGUGUUUACAUGUCCUUUAGCUAAAGAAUGUGAAACCAUGCUAGCUUGUUAGCAUGUUAGCUUGGUUUGAAGAUGAAUCCUUCAGUUGUAGGUUUGAUAGAUUUGAGUUCAUUACAUGAGGCUUUAAUGGAAACGGCCUGAAAUGUUUGUUGUUUUUUAACUGGCCUUAAAGCUUCCAGACGUGCUGAUCGUGUUUUAUUCUCAACUUCUCCUCACUUUGGUUCUUCUGUGAACAACUAUUUUUAGAAACUAGACAGUUUAGGUUCAGCUUCCUGUCGGAGCCUAAAAAUAACAUCAAAUAACCCUUUAAAGUCCCGUAGGGACAUGAGCAGUGUGACACAAAGUAAAGAGUUUGUCUUCGUCUGUUUGGAAAAGCUUAAAGCUCGUUAGUGUAUCACAAACACAAACAUUGUUUGUGAUUGUGAUCUCAUGUACUGAGAAUAAAGCAGUUUUGUUGUUUCAUUUAAACGUCAGCCACGUGUUUAAUCUGCAACUGUAAUGCGACUCAAACCUACUUGAGAUGAAAAUGCAGUUCUUUGCAUGUAAAUGUAAUCUUUAGCAGACGGGGUACAAAAGUAAAGUUAGCGAAUGAUCAUGUGUCGCUUCCAGACACAGCUCAAAUAAAAGCCUGAUCUAUGGUUAAAAGUUUGAAUAAUAAAUAGUAUAUAAUAUUAUAUCCAAUAUUCCCGACAGUACAUGAAUGCACAUGAACGCCUCAUCGUCCGGCAGAGCGGCUCAGUGUCUCUGCAUGAGGACAAAGUCACAUGAUGUAAGACGUGUCGUCGGGUGUGUGUGUGUAAUUCUUUACAAACAUUCAUGAAACGUCUUUUGGAAAUAAAGAAUGAAUAAAG